AUGGGCCGAUUAUGUGAUUUCUGCGGGGAGCAAAGAUCCAUGGUGUAUUGUAGGUCUGAUGCUGCUUGCCUCUGUUUAUCUUGUGAUCGCAAUAUUCAUUCUGCCAAUGCCCUAUCUAGUCGUCAUUCAAGAACUCUUGUAUGUGAAAGGUGCAAUUCUCAGCCUGCAGCAGUUAGGUGCAUUGAAGAGGAGAUCUCACUCUGUCAAAACUGCAACUGGUCUUCACAUGCUGCCCCUGCUUCAGCUGCAGGCCAUAAACAACAGCCAAUCAAUUGUUAUUCUGGAUGCCCUUCUGCAGCCGAGCUUUCAAGUGUUUGGUCAUUCUUUUCAGCGGGUUAUUCAAGCUGCAAUCCUGAAAUAGGUUCAAUAAGUCUGGAAAAGGAAGAGCAGAGAAUAUCUUAUCAUUCAUUGCCACCAAUAGACUAUAGUAUAACAGAGGUUGCAGUGGAUCAUAUGGCUUCUGAUGUUGACAAAUUUAGUGGAAAGAGAUUCUUGAACUCUCUCAGCGAGAAGGUCAAAUUCCUCUGCAUUUAUGCUACCUGUGGCUGUUGUUGGUUGACAAGGGAAAUGCCAAGAAGGGAGGUUCCUCCAGAAGAAAACAUCUUGAAACCUUUGAUGAAGAUGACGGGAUGA